GUGACUAUACAACUCUCAUGCAACGCACUCAUGCUACGCCACAGAAUCUUAUCUAUCCCUAGUCAUGUUAGGAUACAACCAUGGUCCAGUUCUUGAAGAAUUAAUUGACAGGCUCGAUAGCGCUCUGCGCUCCCCCUCACCGAGCAAACGACAAUCUUUGCCUCCCGAUCCAUGUCUCCUCGAUCGUCUGCCUUCGACUUCUUUCAUCCAGCGAGAAGCAGAAGAUUCUAUAUCUAAGGCUGAAUUGAAACAAUUACGACGGACUCCUACGCCCCCAUCUCCUCAAGCCGAAGAUCAUGAGGAUGCUGAGGAACAAGAAGUCAUGGACACCGACCUCUCUAAACGACGGGGAAGCGAUGUUUCGACGACGUCUUCCGCCUCAACGCGAUCACCAAAGCAACCACUUAGUAAACACGAAGAGGACCAGAAGGCGAUUGGCUCUUGGAAAGACCCUCAGGUUCGAAGGUCAUACCUCCCACGACCGUAACGUCUCUCAGUCGCAGUUUCCUGCAGCCAUUUGAAGUUCUACGUGCAGUUGAACAGAAGAACAUAGUCUAUCUGAUGGAAAUACGUGAUAAAGCUUUCCACCUUCUGUUGCGUAAAUGGGGGGAUGCCACCCCCUUAUUGCACGCGAUGCGAAUAGGCACCUCUCAUAGAGAAGUUGCAAUCGUUCUCUUGGGCGCAUUUAGCCGGUACAUCAACCAUCUUGAUGAGUCGGACCUGCGAAAACCCAAGACGAAGACAUUACUGAAAGCUUUGAGGACGAAUCUUAAACUUGCCAUCGAUUAUGGACUAUCAAGCUCACAAAGUGAUCUCACUGCUUCAUUCAUGCAAACCCUCAUUAUGUCGGAAGGUGACAAAUGGGUCUCCGACCAAACCUUGAACGUAUCUCUUGCUCUAAGAGCGGGGACAUCUGGUGAGCCGGUCCGUAUCGCAGAGACAAGCGUUCGAAGAUAUGCCACAAAAGAGUUGGGGAAAGCUGAAUUGAUUGCCACAUUGGAGGACUACGUCGCCAAUGCCACUGUUGACUUAUUGAUGAUGGCAGCUUGGUCUAUCGCAUUGCAUUCGAUAACAGGCGAACCAAUACCAAUAUCUUAUUUUGCUAGAGAUGAUCGUGUUUAUAAGGCAUUCGUGGAGCGUCUGGAUAAAGACGAAAGUGCGAUUCGCCAUAAAUGCACAAGGCGUCUUCGAUGGCAAUUCCGCGUCCUUCGAGCAGUCCUGGAGGGACGGAAUAUAACAUAUAGACGACGUGUUGAGCUUUUGGCCGGAGAAUUAGAUUCCGGUGGCGGCGUGUAAGAGGGAUUAUCUUUUUCUAUUUCUUUCUUUCUUUUUUGUUUGUACUGUGAUGACCAUCAUCUUGAAACAGGAUGCUGAAUGAACUACACAACUCAGAGUGUCUUUUGAAUAUUCUUUCGUCUCUGGUGCUCGUAAAAAGGUGCCCUACUGAUUCCAGAAUACAAGCAGUAGCAGGCGUAUUAUCGAGCAGAUAUUAAUCCGUGCAUUUGAGGACUCCCGCGUGGAUCCUGGCGCAUUCGCUCGUGAAGGUGUCCGACUGGUUCCAGACGGCUACCUGUGGCUGGCGUAUGAUCGAGCAGACAACUAGUAAUUA